UCUCUCUUUCUCUUUCUCUUUUGUUUUCUCUCUUUCAUUGUUUAUCUCUUUCUUCCUCUCUCUUUCUCUCCCUCUCUCUCUCUCUCUCUCCCUUUCUGUCUCUGUCUCUUUUUUUCUCUCACCUCAAGGAGGAUCCAGGUGGAAAAGUGUAAAGUGUAAAAAGUGAAGUGAACGAAAAAAAAAAAAAUAAUAGAAAAACAACGAGCUCCAUAAAUAUUAAUUUAUAUUAAUAGGAUCGUCAAUCUUCUGAGAAAAGAAAAUAAACAAACAAACAAAUAAACUUGUCCGACAAUAAUUGCUAUUGACGCUGGAAUACGCUCGAGAACGAUAGUAAUUAUUUCGAACGUGGGUCAUCGUACGCGCAAGUUCGUUCCUCGACGGACGAUCAUCCUUUGCUCUACUUUAUCCCUCGUAUGAUAAAUUCUUUUCCUUUUUCCUUCUUGAAUAUAUCCAUUACAUGGAAAUUAUUUGAAUGGUAAAAGUCAAUUCAUAAAUCAAUCGAAUAAUAAUUAGUUUCUUCCUUCCUAUCGUAUACUGACGAACGAGUACACAAAACGUCAUCGAUACUUGGAACAUGUCGAUCAUUAAUGGGUUUUCCCGAUCCAACGUUUGACGAUAGUACAUGCGAGCCCGAUAGACAAGUAGAAUAGCAAAGACAUAUGUAUAUAUUCAAUGAAAACUAUUAUUUAUACUUGUCGAUAUUUUCUAGAUAUAUUUAAUAUUAACUUAUGCAACGUAUGUAUGUAUGAAUGUAUAUGUUGACAACUGUAAAAGAGAAGAGAGAAUAUACAACGUAUUCCUCGAAGCUAGAUAGGCAAGACCGAGUGGUAAAAAGUUAAGGGCAAAUUUAUCGUAAAGUGAUGAUAGAAAGGGGAAUAAUAUAAUGUUGUAGUAAGAAAGAGAGAAAGAGAGAGAGAGAGAGAGAAAGACAGAUAGACAGACAGGCAGACUAAUAUAAGAAAGAAAGAAAAAAAGAGUAACAGGGAGAGAGGGAAACUCGAACUUAUUAUUGUGCUCAGUUACUGUAUAUAAAUAGUACAACUCGAGAGACAACCUUCGUAGUUCGAUUUCGUGAAAAGUCACGCAACAAUAUCUCCAACAAGAUUAUAUAUCCUCGAGAACGAUUAUUAUUAUUUACCCCUAAUAGAUACGACAAAUGCGCGAUUAGAGCGUGCUAAUAACUUCUAGUCCUGCCCUAGUGUAUCUACUUACUGAGAAAAAAAGAAGAAAAAGCUCGAAGAAGAUGAUCGUUGACUUCGGAAGGAUACGCUAUGCCGAAUGGAACUGACGUCAAGAAAUAGAAGCGAUUAUGCGGAGAUUUAUUCGAACGUAGUAAGAACGAGGAGGUCGUACGAAAGGAUACAGUGAAGGAGAGACCAAGAGAGAGAGAGAGAGAGAGAAAGAGAUAGAGAUAGAGAGAGAGAGAUAGAGAAUGAAGAUCAACGUUAUCUCCGCGUGCGCCACGGCUUUAACGAUAACAUCCGUGGCCUCGAUUAUGAAGAUAAGCGCCACCUCAGCGACCUCCGUGAAGCCAAUCGAAGAAGGUGAGGGAGAUUAUGCUCGAGUUCUAGAGCUCUCUCUAUUGUUCUACGAAGCGCAACGAUCCGGUAAACUUCCGGAAAACAACAGAAUAUCGUGGAGAGGUGAUUCCGCAUUGAGUGAUCGCGGAAUCAAUGGCGAAGAUCUUACGGGUGGUUAUUAUGACGCCGGUGACUUCGUAAAAUUUGGUUUCACCAUGGCAUCAACGACAACACUUUUAGCAUGGGGAGCUGUUAGCUGGCCGGAAGCUUAUAUUGAGGCCGGACAACUCGAUGAAAUUCGUAAAGCCAUUAAAUGGGCUACCGACUACUUUAUCAAAUGUCACGUAAGCGAGUUCGUCUUUUACGGACAAGUUGGUGAUUUUUCCGUCGAUCAUACGUAUUGGGGAAGACCGGAAGAAUUGAAUACAACAAGGCCAGCUUACAAGAUCGAUCCUGAUCAUCCUGGUUCUGAUUUAGCCGGUGAAACUGCAGCAGCACUCGCAGCAUCCAGUAUUGUAUUCAAGAACGUCGAUCCAAAUUAUAGCGAACGCUGUCUCAAACAUGCCAAGGAGCUUUACAAUUUUGCUAAUAAAUACCGUGGUCUUUAUCACAGUGCAAUUCGUGGAGCAGCGCAAUAUUACGAAAGCACUGAUUACGGAGACGAGCUAGCUUGGGCUGCUGCUUGGCUCUUCAAAGCAACUAACGAUUCGAGAUACCUUGAGGAUGCCGAGCAUCAUUAUCAACAUUUUCAUCUUAAGGAAAGACCAAACGAGUUCUUUUAUAAUAAAAAGGUUGCCGGAGUUCAGGUUCUGCUGGCACAAUUGACAGGUCAACCGGAAUAUCAAAACGCCGCGUGUGCUUUCUGUGAUUUUUCCGUUCGACAACAAAAGCGCACGCCUAAAGGACUAUUGUACAUCGACAAAUUCGGUACUCUUUGUCAUGCUGCAAACGUGGCAUUUGUUUGUCUGCAAGCUGCUGAUUAUCCCAAUAUCGGUGAUCCCCAGGAAUAUCGUGAAUUUGCAACGCAGCAGAUCUCAUAUAUGCUAGGUGAUGAAGGAAGAAGUUAUGUCGUUGGAUAUGGAUAUAAUCCACCUACACAACCACAUCAUGCAGCAUCCUCUUGUCCAAAUAAACCUGCCCCUUGCGGGUGGCCAGAAUUCGAUAGACAAGAACCAAAUCCUCAAAUACUUUACGGUGCUUUAGUAUCCGGACCGGACGAGGCCGACAAGUUUCAAGAUCAUCGAGAAGAAUAUAUUUAUACCGAAGUUACGCUCGACUAUAACGCCGGUUUCACGAGCGUUUUAGCGGGAUUAUUACAGCUACGAAUUAAGAAAGUAGAAUAAAUAUUCAUGUCUAGGAUGUUCGAUCGAAUAAGAAUUAGACGUAUGAUCAUUACGUAAAGGAUGUAAUAAUCGACGUCAACUGUCUGAUGAACGCCCGUCGCUAUCAAUCCUCAUAUGUGAUUUUAUUUAACAUAUAUUGAAAUUUUUAAAUGCCUUUUUUUAUUUUUACCAUUGAUUGCAAAACGAGAUUUCGAAUUUUCUAUUUCGAAUGAUUAUAAAUACUUAAUUUCUACUUUUUGUACUAAUCUAAACGAUCUUCAUUCAGGUUUAUAUUGUUGUUCUUUAUAUUUUUUAAUUUAAAUCUCAUAUAGUAUAUCUAUAUACUAUAUUUAUAUGUAUAUACUAUAUAUGUAUAUAUUUUCGUUUAGCUGCAGGGAAAAUUUGUCUGUGAGAUUUUUUUCUUCUUCUUCUUCUUUUUUUUUAUUUUUCUUUUUUUAUAAAAGGAAACAAUAUUUUUAAUCUUAAUGGAAGGGAUAAUUAUUUCUUAUCCGACAAUGAUUGUUCCAUUGAUUUUAUUUAAUAAACGUAUAUCUUCCUGCGUUUCCUUGCGGCAAACGUUAAAAUACCUACAAAGCGCCGAUCUUCUCGUAUUAUCGUAUUAUUGAAGAUUCGAUAAAGAUACGAUAACAAUUCGUUAUUUUUAGUUUUCUUUACCUUAAUUACGGGCGAUCGUUAGAAGAGAUCCAAGGAUGGCUAUGAGCUAUAUAUUUCUUACUUGCCUCUUGAUCGUAAUUUAUUUCCGUACCUUUUGCGAAAAGAACAAUUUUUGUUUCGUGACAAGACGUUAAUGACGUAGUUUAAUCGACCUCUUUUAUUUUUUAAGAUUUAAGCCGACUUUAAUCUUUUGACUUUAUCUCUUUCUUUUUAUUUUUUUUUUAAUUUCUUUUUUAUUUAUUUUUUUUUCUUUUUUUUUUUUUCUUUUUUUUAAUGAAAGUAUACCAUCUAAUAUACUUUUUACGUAACAUUUUAGAAACUUUAGGCUUAACUCGUUAUCGCUUUUUUUCUCACUAUCAGGCUGUGUACUAUAUUAUGUUAUUAUAUUACAUCGCGUCGUAUUAUACAAGUAUUAAAUAAUUGAAAGACGAAAAGUGUUAUUUUUUGUCUGUAUUAUAAUGUUUUACAAUAAGUUAGAAUUUUAACUUGAAUUAUAUACUUAUUUUAGAGUAAUCAAAGUUUUAGAUUAUUAACAGGAUUGUUCUACGUUAUCGAAUAUAUAUAUAUAUAUAUAUAUAUAUAUAUAUAUAUAUAUAUAUAUAUCGAUUUGAUCGAUAUUAAUGAUUCGAUCGUGCAAUUAUAAAUUUUUUUAUAUCGAUCGAAACAUUUCCUUUAUGUUUAUGUAAUGUAAAUUUGGCUUGUAAAUGUCCAUUUAUGUUUCAAGCGCGGAUCUUUCUCCGUAUCGUAUUAUUGCCUCGAGCCAAAAGUAAAAGUAUGCUAAACCGUCGAGUCGUCGAAAAAAGAUUUCGGAGCAUAUUGAAUAUUUCAACUAGAAAAUCAUAUGAUUCUCGUCUAUAUACGUAUUGACAUCAAAAUUUUUUUUUAACACGUUUCUGUUAUCAAAAGUUAAUGUUAAGCUAUUUCCGAGCAGGAUCGUGGAAAGAACGAUAUUGUCGGUAUUAGUAUGAAAGAUAAAAUUAAAAAAAAAUGAGUAUGUAUGUAUGAACGAACAUUCGAAUGUAUGUGUAUGUAUGUGCACGCGCGCGCGCAACUGUUGCUAAUGACAUAUAGAAAAAUCGAUAUUUGCAAAUUAUGUCAUCGAUAAAAAUAUUUCCACAUCGAUCAUAAAUGUUUAUGAUCAGGAAUAUUUUCGAUCAGGAUCUAAAAAUGUUAAGUAAUAAAUUAUAAGAUAAACAAGUUUAUAAAACUUUAAAUUGUGUAUCUAGAAUCGAUAUAUUUGAUUAAAAAAAAAGAAAGAAAAAAAGAAAGAAAGAAAACAAAACAAAA